AUGGCGUCCAUGCUCGAAUUCCGUACCCUGGGCUUCAACCCGUACGCGGUCAAGUACUCGCCCUACUACGACUCGCGCCUCGCCGUUGCCGCGUCGGCCAACUACGGCAUCGUAGGAAAUGGCCGCCUCUUCGUCCUCGGCCUGGGCCCCGCCGGCAUCCAGCUCGAGAGGGGCUUCGACACCAAUGACGCCCAGUACGACCUUGCCUGGUCCGAGAUCAACGAAAAUCAGGUGGUCGUGGCCUGCGGCGACGGCUCCCUCAAGCUGUUCGACCUGACUGCCGGUGGCUUCCCCGUCAUGAACUUUGCCGGGCACAAGCGCGAGGCCUUUUCCGUCUGUUGGAAUCCAAUUGCAAAAGACAGCUUCAUCUCCAGCUCCUGGGACGGCACCGUCAAGAUUUGGUCACCCUCCCGCCCGACCUCGCUCAAGACCCUCCCGGUCGGCAACUGCACCUACUCGGCCUGCUUCUCCCCGACCAACCCCGCCAUCAUCUCCUGCGUCUCCUCCGACUCGCACAUCCGCGUCUUCGACCUGCGCACCCCCGUGUCGGCCAAGUACCACCUGACCACCAUCAUCCCGGCCCACGCGCCCCCGCAGGGGACCGGCGGCGCCGGCGCUCCCUUGCCGCUCCUCUCCACGGGGCAGACCUUCGGCGGCUCCGUGCCCGCCGAGAUCCUGACGCACGACUGGAACAAGUACCGCGACACGGUCGUCGCCACCGGCGGCGUCGACCGCGUCGUCCGCACCUUCGACCUGCGCAACCCGGCCGCCGGGCCCGUCGCCGUCCUGCCCGGCCACGAGUACGCCGUCCGCCGCCUCGCCUGGAGCCCCCACGCCAGCGACGUGCUCGCCAGCGCCAGCUACGACAUGACGGUCCGCGUGUGGUCCGACGGCUCCGCCGCCCCCCAGCAGCAGCAGCAGCAGCUCCCCCCCAACACCAUCCCCGUCGGCACCCAGCUCGGCGUCAUGAACCGCCACUCCGAGUUCGCCACGGGAGUCGAUUGGUGCCUGUUCGGCACGGGCGGCUGGUUGGCCUCCGCCGGGUGGGAUCAGAGGGUCCUGGUGUGGGAUGCCCAUACCCUGCUGAGAGCCUGA